UAUAUCGGCAGCCACACUCCUCCGACGAUACGUACAUACCUCUUUAGUUCUUAACGCCCCAUCUCUCUCUCUCUCUCUCUCUGUGUUGAGCAAAAUCCAACGAAAUUAUCUGAAACAGGCCUUGCCGUGCAUUACACAAACCCUAAUUUUUUCGAAGCUCUAGGGCUUCUCUUUGAAGAUUAAUUUGACGCUAUGUCUGUUUGAGGGAGGAUAAUAUACUGAGAGAGAGAGAGAGAGAGAGAGAGAGAGAGGAGGAGGAAGUUUUCGGGGGUGCACAAGGAGGAGGAGAUGUAUAGAGAGAGAGGGGUGGCUGGGUCCAGGUCCAAGGUUGGACCGGUCUCCGAUCGGAAGCAGCGGAUCAACGACGCGCUCGACAAGCAGCUGGAGCGAUCCUCUCCCUCCACUUCCCGGACCGCUACUUUAAUUAACGGCAAGGAUAAGUCCAUCUUCGUGGCCAAGCCUCCACCCGACCAGACAGACUCUCUUGCCAGCAACAACUUCUCCGAUGAGGAAUCUGAAACAGACAGUGAAGGAUCAGACGUUAGUGGUUCUGAUGGUGAUGACACAUCUUGGAUAUCAUGGUUUUGCAAUCUGCGAGGAAAUGAAUUCUUUUGUGAAGUAGAUGAUGAUUAUAUACAAGAUGAUUUUAACCUGUGUGGGUUAAGCAGUCAAGUUCCUUAUUACGAUUAUGCACUUGAUUUGAUUUUGGAUGUUGAAUCGUCUCAUGGUGAUAUGUUUACAGAGGAACAGAAUGAGUUAGUUGAAUCGGCAGCUGAGAUGCUUUAUGGUCUGAUUCAUUUCAGAUAUAUAUUGACAAGUAAAGGAAUGACUGCUAUGUUAGAAAAGUACAAAAACUAUGACUUUGGGAGAUGCCCAAGAGUUUACUGCUGUGGACAACCCUGCCUCCCAGUUGGUCAAUCAGAUAUUCCUCGGUCAAGCACGGUAAAGAUAUACUGCCCCAGAUGUGAAGAUAUCUACUACCCUCGAUCCAAAUAUCAAGGUAACAUUGAUGGAGCAUAUUUCGGAACCACAUUUCCUCACCUCUUCUUGAUGACUUAUGGGCACCUGAAGCCUCAAAAGGCGUUACUGAGCUAUGUUCCAAGAGUGUUUGGGUUCAAGAUUCACAAGCCAUGAUGCAGGAAUUCCAAGCUUCAAUUGGGCUAGCAUUGCUUAGCUUCUGUUUUGGAUUAUUGCCCUAAGAAAUCGAUGGACUUCACACUUACAGCUUCCUCUAUUCUGUAAGUUUUUGAAAAUAACUGUAAAGCCAUUGGCAACCACGUGAAGCAAGUAUUCAGUUUUCAAUUUAGCUGUGCUUAUCAGCGAUCUUCUCUAA